AUGAUGGCGAACCACAAGGAUGACAUUGGAUUGCCAGACUGCUCUCUAAGGUACCACAAGUCGGAAGUAACCUCUUUGAUAUUCGUUACUUGGCCGCUGAGGUCUCAAACGCCAAUUCUCAUAUCGGGCGAUGCCGGUGGUGUUCUGGUAUGUUGGGAUCCAGUCACUAGACGACCAAUCUUCACGUUCAACCGUAAUUUAGAAUCACGAGUCGUGGCCAUUCAAGAUUUAGAAGAUGGAUUGAUAGCUGUCCUCUUCAAGGAUCAUAAGCUGCGCUUUCUCCAGUUGCCGAAUAAAAGCCUUCAAAGUACAAACAGUAAGGGCUGUGAUACCAACGAACUGGCAGCACCAGAACUGAAUGAGAUCUACAAAAUUCCCGUGAAUACGCUGAACUUUGCGAACUUUCUAUUACAGAAGAUAGGCGAGCGCUCCUACCGACUAGUUUGUACCAACACACAGGAUUCUGAAGCAAUCGAUAUUUACACUUUCAACUUAUCUGAUAUGCAUUCAUUAAAGAGAAUAUAUAAAGGCGUGAAUUUUAGUGGUAUUAUCGAAAAGAUCCCUAAUGAACCGCCAGCUUCUAAAGCUGAUAAGCUAGGAAUUGUUAUGAAGUUCAUUGAACGCGACGGUGACAUUUACUGUGGACUUGAGAGCGGUUAUGUCAUUGGAUUUAGACUGCACAAUAAUGCGGAAAGCAAUGAAGAUAAUAUCUCCUCCUCCUUUAAUUUCAUCGAAAUCGUGUAUGUUUCUUCAGCGCACUAUCCAAAUCCAGUCCUUGAUCUUUCGUUGGAUACUUCGAACGGAGAUAUCCUUAGUACUUCCACAGCUGACCAGAUAGGGAUUCAUCGCAACUUCCAGUUGAAACCAAAUGUUAAAGAAAAAUUCAUCAGCGAUGACUCUGGAUUUAUCAAAGCUCCGGUUGAUAUGACGAUUGCUUGCACAAUAUUUCAGCAAAUGCCCAUGUCAAAAUUGAGUCACAUUGUGCCACUCAAUGACUGCUUACUAAUUAGUUCUUGGACUGGUCGAACAUUAAUUAUUAGAGCCAAUGAAGUGUUGGCAAAAAUCUCGAAAUCAAAAUCGUCUGUAAUGGUCAGUGAGUCCUCUCAAGGUAGUUUCCAAGGUGAAAAUGACACAAAAAAGAUAGAAGAACCUGACAAAGUCUCUUCGUUAGCGGGUUAUCCUUCACCAGCAGGUCAAGCGGAAUUAGGACAUGAGUCCGACAUAAAGAUUCGUCCAGGACAAAGACGUAGGAUAAAGAACUUUCUUGAAAAGUCAUGGUGCGUGAUAGGAUAUGAAGAUGGUUCGAUUGCCUUCCACCAAAUUUACCUCGACCAGCGGGUGAUUUGA